CAAAAAGAAAAGUCAUAAUGGAUGUACCUCCGUACCCUUGUAAUCGUUCCCCAUCCCACUUCCCCAACGUCCACAGCAGGAUGUGGCGUGCAAACAGAGAAUUAACUGUGUAAAAUGCGUUAUAACUCUCUGAUAAUUGAUGCUUUGAACCCUGAAAAUAUGAAUAGAUGAGAGUAAACUAUAAACUUCACAUAAGUCCCAUAGCAGAGUAAGACUGUUUACUGAUCCAGAAUUGAGCCGCCGGUUCCGACAAACCCCAGCCUCGGUAAACUGGGACUUGUCCGAAAUAAUCUCUCUCUCUCCACGCCGACCCAGAUGUGCGCUGCAUUCUCUAUCACGACCUUCACUUCUUCAGACAUGAAAAGGCAACACUCUUCCGGCUGAACAAUGGCAGCCUCUGACUCAGAUCCUUUUCCUUCCAUCACCGCAUUUCCCACAAGCAAUCCGCACAACGCCAGCCCCAACCAAUGUCUCGAACCACCAUCUUGAGCUCGCGUGCUCUCACUUCUCUAUCCUCUCUCUCAUCUGGAGUUUGCAGACCACCUUCAUUUGCCGCUCGUCCGCUGCUCUCGCAAUUACAAUGCCGAAAUAGCUCGCAUUCGCCUAUGGGCGCCGCGGUGGCGUCACCCAGAAAGAAAGUCACAAUCAAUACACUGCGCUCAAUGUGCAAAAAGGGAGAACCCAUAGCCAUGAUCACGGCGCAUGACUUCCCCAGUGGACACGUUGCCGACCAUGCUGGCAUGGACAUGGUCCUCGUUGGGGACAGUCUUGCCAUGGUAGCGCUGGGAAUGGAGGACACGAGCGAGAUAGUGUUAGAGGACAUGCUCCUCCACUGCAAGUCCGUCGCACGAGCUACAAAGACAGCGUUCACAAUCGGUGAUCUCCCUAUGGGCUGCUAUGAAAUCUCUCCAGAACAAGCUCUUGCCAGCGCCAUCCGCGUCAUCAAGGAAGGCCGAAUGCAAGCAGUCAAGCUCGAGGGCGGCCUGGAAAUGGUGCCCACAAUCCAGAAGAUCACCAACGCCGGCAUCCCGGUCCUCGGCCACAUCGGCCUCACUCCACAGCGCCAGAAUGCCCUGGGCGGAUUCAGAGUCCAAGGUAAGACGGCUGCCAGCGCAGUGAAGGUCCUCCACGAUGCUCUUGCCAUCCAGAAAGCGGGAUGCUUUGCUGUCGUUGUGGAAGCUGUGCCUGCGGAGGUCGCGGCGUUAAUCACGGAGCGUUUGGAUAUCCCCACUAUCGGUAUUGGCGCAGGCAGCGGCUGCUCCGGCCAGGUGCUGGUGCAGGUCGAUAUGGCGGGCAACUUCCCGCCAGGCCGUUUCUUGCCGAAGUUCGUGAAGCAGUAUGGAGACGUUUGGGGCGAGACCAAGCGGGCGAUAGAGUCAUAUAGAGAUGAGGUGAAGAGCAGGGCGUACCCGGCGCAAGAGCACACUUACCCGAUCUCGAAGGAUGAGCUGGAGCAGUUUGAACGGGUUCUGGCGAAUACCAGCAAGUCCAGCUUUGGUGGGCCGGAAGAGAGCGGCCGGAAGUAGAUGUGGUGAUGAUAGUCAGCAGGGGGUGGCUUUUUGAUUUUGGCGGUUCUUUAUAUUUAGUUUUCGUAGCAAGUGAAGCAUACAUAGCUCCACCAUAUUUUAAAUAUAGCUAUAUUACCCUCAUAAUCUUGACUUCUCAACCAAAAGCUGGUGUCAUUGAGUAGGAAACAAUAAGCUGGUCAUCCGUUUGAUUUCGAAAGCACUGGUAUCCAUUAGUCCCAUGCAGUCCCGAGUACGUUUGCUUGAAGUAGCUCCAAGCUCCCAAACACUGGACUCACCCUAUGCAGGUUCCCAACAAUCUCAUCCAACGAAGGCGCAAACGUAUUAUUCACAUACAAAAACACACUAUCCUGCGGCCCACACUUGACUACCCGCCUCAGAUACGCAACCACAGCCUCAAAGCGCUGCGUCGCAUUGAUGCGGCAGACCGGCUGCUUGAGAAUAGGCGCGGACCCGAUGGCCUUGAAGCGCACCGUCACUGCGGGACUGUGAGAAUGCGGAACAGACUAUAGGUGGGGUCAACGUACCUUUCGGUUUGUCGAAGGCUCCGGCGUCUUUUAGUGCCGCGGUUGCGUCGCGGGGGAGAGAGGCGAGGACGACCGAGGCAGUCAUGGUGAGGGGCAGGUCGGCUUCAUGGUCGUCGUCGGGGAUGGGUGUGGCUUGAGAGGGGGAGGAGCGGACGGGGAGACUUGACUCGGACAUUUUGGGGUUUGCUGAGACUGAUAGCCUCGAGUCUUUGGAAGGAGGUUUGAAUUGUAGACGCUGCUUGUGCUGGCGUGUGGCUUGGGAAGCUGUAGAUGGUGGAGAGUGACCGAGGACGAGGCUCGCGAGGCUGAGAUCUGAUCUUUAUGUCGGAUGACUUGGACGGAACUUCACACACACUGAGACCAAGUUUCACGCUUUGGUGUUUGACGACUGGAUGGAAUCUUUCGAAUUCUUUCCUAUAGAAU